CACCUCUCCGCGCACCUUGCACAUGGAGCCCAUUUUAUUUCAAAUGCACCGAACGCGGCGUUCAUUGAUCAUCCAUCCAAGCAAUCUCAUUCAAAAACAUCCUGAUUGGUUCAUUCCCUCCCAAAUAGCGCAGCACUUAGGGCCCGUCGUAAGUUCUCCGUCAACGCAUCCCGUCGGCCACGAUGAAGUCCUCUGCCGCAAUUCUCUUCCUCGGCCUCGUCCUCGCCGCUCUUUGCUGCGCCGUCCAGGCUCAUGAUGACGACGACCGUGGUGGCAGAUACGGCGGCGGCCGCGGCGGCAGGUACCGCUGGCCCGCAGUUGUCGCAUCGGGCGAAGCGUCGCUGAAAGCCUGCCCUCGCGUCUGGGGGGUCCGCGGGUCUGCUGCUAUCAAGAACUAUCAGUUCCAGAACGGCUCUCUGUCGCUCACCUAUCAGCUUCUUCUCGUGGGCACCAGCUCGGCUCCCACGUCGCAGAGCAUUGUGACUGGCGAUCCCUGCGAUACUCUGGUAACCCCAACCACUGUUCAGGAUCUGCCCGGGACGUGGGUUGCCAGUUAUGUUCGCUGGAGCACGGGUUACCGUCUGUACGGCAGCGUUGACGGCACAGCGCUUAUGACCGCUCUGCAGAGCUCGUCGGGUUACCGUCGCCGUUCUAAGCCCAGAAUGUACAUCGUGUUCCGUGGCAACGGGACAAUCGCCGGAAGGCUCCAGCUCUGGUAGAUUCGCGUGCGCGUUAGUGGGUGAUGUUUGAUUGUUUUAUUAGUGGCUGCUUCGCGGCUGGGGUGGGAACAGUGUUGCGUACAUUCAAGCUGUUCUAUGAGCUGCAUAGAACAGGUUGAAUGUAGACAACGGGUAGAGAAGGGAUGUAAAAAGCCAUUUUUGGAUGUGCGCCAUUUUUGAAAAAUAUGUUUGUCUGGUGGACGGAAAUAGUAGAUAUUGAGAAUUGUUACACCGACAUAUUGGUAAUGUG